UUCCCAGCUCCCCCGCUGGCUCCCGGGCUCCCGGGCUCCUGGGCUCCCAGGCUCGCAGCGCCCGGUGGCGCCGGAGCCCUUUCUGUCCGCCUAGCCGAGGCGGGUGGGCGGCAGGCCGCAGAAGGCGGUGUCGUGGAAUCCGCUGGCAGUCCGCAACCCCGCAGAGCCUGGAGGCCGCCCUGAUGGAGCCACAGCUCCCGAUCGGAGCUCAGCCCCUGGCAAUGGUGGAGGGUUUGGAGAUAAAGGGUCCCUUCCGGGAGCCCUGCGCCCUGACCCUAGCCCAGAGGAAUGGGCAAUAUGAGUUAAUAAUCCAGUUGCAUGGGAAGGAACAGCAUGUUCAAGAUAUCAUCCCUAUAAAUAGCCACUUCAGAUGUGUUCAAGAAGCAGAAGAAACUCUUUUGAUUGAUAUUGCUUCAAACAGUGGCUGCAAAAUUCGGGUGCAGGGAGACUGGACCAGAGAGCGCCACUUUGAAAUUCCUGAUGAAGAACACUGCUUAAAGUUCCUCUCAGAAGUCCUUGCGGCUCAGGAAGCUCAGGCACAGCUUCUCGUUCCAGAACAAAAAGACUCAUCUAGCUGGUACCAGAAAUUAGACACUAAGGAAAAACCUGCUUAUUCCGGGCUGCUUGGAUUUGAGGAUAAUUUUUCAUCUAUGAAUUUAGAUAAAAAAAUGAACACACCAAACCACCCCACAGCGAUUCAUCGGGAACCACCCCCUCCACCUCCUUCAGUGAAUAGAAUGCCUCCUCGUGAAAAGGAAGCUUCAAACAAGGAACAGCCCAAGGUGACCAACACCAUGCGGAAGCUAUUUGUACCAAAUACCCAAUCUGGGCAGCGAGAGGGUCUCAUCAAACAUCUCCUUGCAAAGCGAGAAAAAGAAUAUGUCAACCUCCAGUCUUUCAGAUUUUUUGUUGGAACUUGGAAUGUGAAUGGCCAGUCUCCAGAUAGCAGCUUAGAACCUUGGCUGAACUGUGAUCCAAAUCCUCCUGAUAUUUACUGCAUUGGAUUCCAAGAGCUGGAUUUGAGCACAGAAGCGUUUUUCUACUUUGAGUCUGUAAAGGAGCAAGAAUGGUCCAUGGCCGUGGAGAGGGGUCUGCCUUCAAAGGCCAAGUAUAAAAAAGUUCAACUAGUCCGCCUUGUGGGGAUGAUGCUUCUUAUAUUUGCCAGAAGAGAUCAGUGUCGGUAUAUCCGUGAUAUUGCUACAGAAACAGUGGGAACGGGAGUCAUGGGGAAAAUGGGAAACAAAGGUGGAGUAGCUGUAAGAUUUGUGUUUCAUAACACCACCUUCUGCAUUGUCAAUUCCCACCUGGCUGCCCAUGUGGAAGAAUUUGAAAGAAGGAAUCAGGAUUAUAAAGACAUCUGUGCAAGAAUGAGUUUUAUGGUUCCCAAUCAGGCUGUGCCACAACUGAACAUCAUGAAGCAUGAUGUUGUCAUUUGGUUGGGAGACUUGAACUACAGACUUUGCAUGCCUGAUGCCAAUGAGGUGAAAACUCUUAUUAAUAAAAAUGACCUUCAAAAGCUCUUGAAAUUCGACCAGUUAAACAUUCAGCGCACACAGAAAAAAGCCUUUGUGGAUUUCAAUGAAGGAGAAAUCAAGUUUAUUCCCACUUACAAGUAUGAUUCUAAAACUGACAGAUGGGAUUCCAGUGGGAAAUGCCGAGUUCCAGCCUGGUGUGACCGAAUUCUUUGGAGAGGAAUAAAUAUUAAUCAGCUUCAUUACCGGAGUCACAUGGAACUCAAAACUAGUGACCACAAACCUGUUAGCGCCCUGUUCCACAUUGGGGUGAAAGUUGUGGAUGAGCGGAGGUAUCGGAAGGUCUUUGAAGAUAUCGUACGCAUUAUGGACAGAAUGGAAAAUGACUUCCUUCCUUCAUUAGAACUUAGCAGGAGAGAGUUUGUGUUUGAGAAUGUGAAGUUUCGGCAGCUGCAAAAGGAGAAGUUCCAGAUCAGCAACAAUGGACAGGUUCCCUGCCAUUUUUCUUUCAUCCCUAAACUUAAUGACAGCCAAUACUGCAAGCCAUGGCUUCGAGCUGAACCUUUUGAGGGCUACUUGGAGCCAAAUGAGACAGUGGACAUUUCCCUUGAUGUAUACGUCAGCAAAGACUCUGUAACCAUCCUGAACUCUGGUGAAGAUAAGAUUGAAGAUAUUCUCGUCCUUCAUCUGGAUCGCGGCAAAGAUUACUUCUUAACCAUCAGUGGGAAUUACCUCCCGAGUUGCUUUGGUACAUCCUUAGAGGCUUUGUGUCGAAUGAAAAGGCCAAUCCGAGAAGUUCCUGUCACCAAACUCAUAGACUUGGAAGAAGACAGCUUCCUAGAAAAGGAGAAAUCCCUUCUGCAGAUGGUCCCCUUGGAUGAAGGUGCCAGUGAGCGACCCCUUCAGGUCCCCAAGGAGAUCUGGCUUCUAGUAGAUCACUUAUACAGAUAUGCAUGUCACCAGGUGAGUGUGAGAAAACCUUCCCUGAAACUUCAGAAUAUAUAUAAAUUCUAUAGGAAAUUACAAUGCUUCACAUCAGCAUAGUGCAUUUCACUGUCCCAAGCAACCUCCAUGUGGCUGCACUGUCCAACCUCUGAAGCAUAUAAGCUAAGUAGGUACCUGAGACCACACUCAGAAUUUGAUCGCAGAGCCAUGACCAGAACUGAAAAUGCCCGUGGCUUGUUUAUGCACUUUGCCCUGAACGACUGAGUACUCCAGUCUGAUGCCUAUUUUAGAUGCCCUGUAGCCAAUUGCAAAUUUUAAAAUUGAAGCAAACUUCAAGCCCAUUUCUUUAACAUAGCACUAAGUUUUCUUUUAAAUCCUAUACUAAAACC